CGUACUGUUGUCAAAGGGGGUUACCGUGGUGUGUGAUUCAUCUUGGACACAAGCUAAGAUGAAGUAUAUGUUAUCUCAACAGAACAUUAGGGUUAAAUUGGCCAUGAAGCGGUUAUUGGCUGAAAUGGCAGUUUAUAAAAGAGUUCUCUGCAUCUGCUCAGAGCACUGUUUAUUCAACGCGACAUUAACGGACGGCCAGGAAAAGCCACGGCAAUAUAAUUUACAAGUGUGACAAGCGCGAGUUAAGUGACGUAGAUGAAGCUCAGUCAAUCCGCGCGCUCCUCCAGCUGAGCCAAACUGCGCGCGCCUGAGUCUCUAUAUUAAUCCGUUAAAGCGCCGCUGUCCGUUCAGCACCACCGACUGUGUGAAGAGAGUUAAAGCGCCGACAGUCGGCAUUUAACGGCGGAGAGCUCUGGAGAUCGCUCGUUUGGACGGCUACUUGUUUUGGAGAGAUUUUGUUAAGGUGUCAAGGAGUUAAAUGCACCUGGCGCGUCAGUGAGAAGGACUCCAACAGUUUGUUUAACAUUCACUGACUCUGAGCGCACUCGGUUUUUACUGGAAAAAGCUUUGGAUUUCCAAACCAAUUACAGCUAAUCUCUGUUUUCUCGAUUUUAUGCUUGUUUUGAGUGAUUUUUUCUGAGCUUGACCUGUUGCUAUACGCAUUUUGUUAUUUUUAUUUUUGAAAUAACAUAUUCAGAUGUUUUUUAAGUAACGAUUUUAUUGUGGAAUUUCGCCUGUUCUACGCUAAACGUCUUCUUCAGUCCGACUAACUGAAUUCACGCAAGUUUUAUGCGUUUUUAAGAUAGAAACGUCGUAAUGAGAGCUCUUUUUGUGCCACUGCUGCUUGUAUACGCGUCAGGGAGCGGAAAAGUGGCUGGCGCGAGUGGCCCGAAAGGAAACCGCUUCGUGUGCACGGCCGUGCCCGCGGGCACCGACCUCAGUUGCCCGGUGGACACGAGCAGCCGAGUCCAAAGCACUAGUCCGCAGGAGGAAGAGUUGCGGAAUACUAUCAUUCAGCUUCGAGAGACCAUCCUGCAGCAGAAGGAAACUAUCGUCAGUCAGCAGGGCACCAUCAAAGAGCUCAACUCCAAACUCGCGCGCUGCGAGGCGGACGCCAAGUCUCGGGGCAGCGCGCGCAGGAAGGAUUAUAGUAAAAACACGAUGGGGGAUCUGCCGCGUGACCCCACCGAGACUGUGGAGCAGCUGGGUAAGACCAUGCAGAGCCUCAAAGGCCGACUGGAGAACCUGGAGCAGCAGCUGCGUGUCAACACAUCAGGUGGGACGUUUCCCAACGAGUUGAAAGACCUGCUGAAGCGCCGUCUGACGGAUCUAGAGAGCCAGCUGCUGACCAGAGUGCUCGAACUCGAGGAGGAAAAGAGCCAGCUGUACAACGAGACAGCCACUCACCGUCAGCGCACCGAGAACACCCUCAACUCACUGCUGGAGAGGAUCACCGAGCUGGAGAAAAGUAACAAUGCAUUCAAAUCUCCAGAGGACUUUAAGGUGUCUCUGCCUCUGCGCACCAACUACCUGUACGGCCGCAUCAAGAAGAGUCUACCAGAGAUGUAUGCCUUCACCGUGUGUAUGUGGCUUAAAUCCAGCGCCAGUCCUGGAAUUGGAACCCCGUUCUCCUACGGCGUCCCGGGACAAGCCAAUGAGAUUGUGCUGAUUGAGUGGGGAAACAGCCCCAUGGAGCUCCUCGUCAAUGAUAAGGUAGCUCAGCUUCCUCUCUCUGUGAGUGACGGCCGCUGGCAUCACAUCUGCAUCACCUGGACAACCAGAGAUGGCUUCUGGGAGGCCUAUCAGGAUGGAGAGAGACUAGGGACCGGAGAGAACUUGGCCCCCUGGCACCCAAUUAAACCUGGAGGAGUCAUUAUCCUGGGCCAAGAACAGGACAUUGUAGGUGGGAGAUUCGAUGCCACUCAAGCUUUCGUAGGAGAGUUAAGCCACUUCAACAUGUGGGACAGAGUCCUGCGUCCUGUAGACAUCUCUGCUAUGGCCAACUGCUCAGCCUACAUGCCUGGCAACGUGGUGCCGUGGGUCGAUGCCAACGUGGAGGUAUUUGGCGGUGCCACAAAAGCAGCACUGGAGAUUUGUGAAGACCGUCUCUUUGAUUCCUAAGGACACGUCUGUCAGUUUGGAAGCAUUCUCAUUCUAGAGGUAACCCACAUCCCAAUACUGCACUGGGAACUUACAGAGAUACAAAGACAGUUCAAAAGAAACACAUGUUUUCACAUGAUGGAUUAUCUCGUCCUCAAUUCUGCUUCAUGUUUUUUGAGACUUUGCUGUCAGUCUGACCAAUAACUAAAAUGACUGUGAUUAAUUAGAAAAAAAAAACUAAUCUGUCUGCACAUUCAAGGUCAGAAUAGAGUUUUUGCGGCUCUGGAUAAAGCAAAACUUUCUUGUCGAUAUUAUAUAUGCUUUUCUCUGUGUUGUGUCCUUCAGAGAUUUCUUCUCUCCUCAAACUCAUGCGUAUUUUAAGAACUGCAGUAAAAGAUUUUUUUUGCCAUUUCCACUUUGAGCUUUUAUCAUGUUGCGUAUAGGCUGAUGCCUUUCAAAAAAAAAAAAAUUCAACUGCAUAGUUUCAACAUGAGCUUUAUUAAGCAUUAUUGAAUGAGCUAAUUUGUGACGUUGCACAUAUGGAGAAACACUCAGACGGAAGUGUCUUUAUGUCUGUGUCUGUGAUCCAGAGAUUACUGGGGAGAACAUUCACAUUAAAAAAAAAAAAAUCAUCUUUAAUAUCGCUAUCCCUCAGCAGCUGCUGUCUCGAGCUGAUCUGACAUCCAGAAACCUUAAAGUAGAAAAGCUGCCAAGGACUGACCUGCAGCUGUCAGAAGCCCCCAGGAGAAUGUCUGUCUGCAGGACAGGACGGGACGGGACAGGAUGGUCUGGCUGAAGUGGUUCAUCUUAUGAAGCUAGUUUGAGUUCAUUCAGUUUGUGAAUCACAAAUUGUGGUUUCUUUUAAACGUUUACAAAUGAUUUCGACAUGUGCAGAACAUGGUGUUAUGAGAUUAACUGUGAGAACUCGACCCGGAAUGUGUGCUAUACUUUUUUUUUGCAAAGUUUUACUUAAACAAAAAAUAUAUUUUUCAUUGAGAUGAGGCACUAAUGAGCGCUUGCACUUAUUUAAAGUCCAGUGUCAGAAAGUUUGUUGUAUCUGUCAGUUUGAUGCUACAAAUCAGUGUACUGUAUCUCACGAAAUCUGUCAAGAAUGUGCCCAGGUCAUAUUUAGGAAAAUGAAGCGUAUUUUAGCCCCUCUUUUUUAUUUUGAUUUGUAACAUUGUUUUUACAGAGCCCCACACAUGAAAAAGGAAAAAUGGUAGGCUAAAUUGUGUGCACGAUUUAUUAAUUCAUUCCUUCAAUGUACUAAAUCGUGCACACAUUUACUAUUGCGUUCCCUCGAUUUACUAUUUCGUUCACUCAAUUUAUAAAUUGUGUGCACGAUUUAGCAAAUCAAGGGAACGCAAUAAUAAUCGUGUGCACGUUUUAGUAUAUUGAGGGAAUUCAUAAGUAAAUCAUGCGCACAAUUUAUUUAUUUUUUCUUGCAUGUCAUGUGUGGGGCUCCGUAUUGUUUCAAUUCAAUUUAAGCUCAUUUUCCCCAGAUUUGUUUUACCAUAAUGGAAAAAAUAUAUAUUUUAUAGAGAAGUGUUAAUGGUAGUCCUAGUAGUAUGUUAUAUUGCCUUUGUGUAAAUUUGAUUUUAUAAAAUAAUAUACAGUAUUACUUUCAUUACUUUACAUUACUUUUUAAAUUAAUUUAAUACAAUAUAACUUUCAUUACUAUAACAAGAAUCAAACUUGUCUUAAAAAUAUGAAAAGAAAGAAAUUAUUUUCAAUAAUGUUACAAAAUAACAGCAACAACAAAAAAGAGGGGUAAAGGUCCUAAAAUCGUUCCCGGUUCCAUUAACUGUAACCUUGUUCCCUGAGAAAGCGGAACGAGAGGCUGUGCUGCUCAGCGCAUUGGGAAACGUCUUAUUCGUGACCAGCUGUGAAUAAUGUGUGUAAAACGUCUAUAAAAUUGGUAAUAUAGCCUCGGUUGAUGACGUCAUCAGGGAAUAGAUAUAGAUAUGCCACAGGUGCAUCCACAGGACAUUUUGUCUGAAGAGCAGUCCAUGGACAUAUACAGUAUGGCAAUGCAGCGCAGCAUCUCGUUCCGCUUUCUCAGGGAAUAAGGUUACAGUUAAGUAACCGGGGACGUUCCCUUUCAAAAACUUCAGUCGAUGCUGCGCUGCUCAGCGCAUUGGGAACGAGAAUACCCACGCCGCUGUGCUUGAAAAUGUCUGCACCCCUAAGGUUGUGCAGGUGUGCUAUCAAACCACAAGAAGGCCUCAGACAUUAGCUCGUGAUGUUGACUCAAGGACAUGAGAGCCCGGAGUAGGGACAUGGACAUCCAAACUCUAAAAUCUUAUGAAUGUGUGCGGACAGAACCAACCUGCCACAUCACAAACCUGUUGUAAGGGGGCAAGCCUUGCUAAAGCACUAGAGGAUGCGACCCCCCUUAUGGAGUGAGCUCUAAGACCUAUAGGCGAAGCUUGACCGCGUGCCUCAUAAGCCAAAGCAAUAGCCUCCCUGACCCAGUGAGACAUGGUCUGCCUGUUUGCAGCUGCUCCUCUGUUCCUACCACCAUAACAGACGAACAGCUGCUCCGACUUACGCCACUGGCAAGUGCAGUGGACGUAAGCCUGAAGAGCAGGUACUGGAAACAGUCUAUAUCAGGAUGAGGAUGCAAAAUCACUUUUACCCUCCAAAGGGGGGGGUUUAAACCAGACCCUCGAGAACUAUAGCUAAGUCCCAAGAAGGCAACUCGGUUUUCACUGCAGGCCUCAGUCGCCUGGCCCCACGAAGGAAGCAAGAGAGCAGAGGGUGUCUCCCGAGUGGCAUCCCGUCAAUCAAGGCAUGGCAAGCCAAAAUAGCGGCCACAUAAAACUUAUAAGUAAAGUAGCAGGACAUGUGCCUGUUGACAAUUUCUCUUGCAUGAAGUCCAGAACUGAAGCAAUGCGGCAGUUGAUUGGAUCAACAUUGUGUACCACACACACCACCUGUCAAAUACACCCCAUUUACUGUCAUAACUCUGUCUGGUGGAGGAAGCCCUAGCACUAAGAAUGGUAUCAAUAACCUGCGGCGAAAGCCCUGUGUUCCUCAGUUGGUAUCCUUCAAGGGACAAACAUGAAGAUUCCACAGGUCGGGCCUGGGAUGCAAUACCGUGCCCCCUGCUUGAGGCAUAAGAUCCCUCCUCUCCGGAAUCGCCCACGGCGAGCUGUCGAGGAGAGAUAUUAUCUCCCUUGAGCGCUUUGACUGUACAGUUUAAGCCUCAAAGAUCCAAGAUUGGGCACACCCCCCACCCUUCUUGGGAACCAGGAAUUAUCUGCUGUAAUAGCCUGGCUCUCUCCUUGGACCAGGAACAUGUUCUAUGGCCUCUUUGCCCAGAAGAGUCUGUAGCUCUCGAAACAGUACCUGCAUAAGCUCUGGUUUCACGGAAGUGGAGACCAUGCCGUUGAAAUAUGUAGGAUGAUGAAUAAACUGUCCUUAGCCACCAGCUCAGUGCCCUCAUGAGAGAAACACUCAUAGGUGGGCUGCUCAUGGCCCAAAAACCCAAGAGAUAUACAAUAUAAUCCUCCUUGUGAACCGAAGAAAUACCAGAGCGCGCUUCAAGAUCAUGAGAGAGGAUGCGUGGAUCCGGUGAACAGCAAACAAAAGGGACGAGCCCGUCGCUCGCUCGUCAUGCAGAUCCGCACAAGAGCCCUUCGAUGAAAAGAUGGGUGCGGUCUGAAAAUAGCUGAGACGAGCACGAAGCAUCUUCACUGAGAACAGUUCACAAUGCUCGCACUCACCCGUCUCUAAAGCCAGAACCGCGUGCUCUUCCCUCAAACAAACAAAACAGUAAUCAUGUGUAUCCAGCUUAUACAUAAGACAAGAGUAUGGAGGAACACAACACUUACCAUUUCGUUGGCACAUCCUACGAAGAUCUGUAGCUGAUGAAAAGAAUAUUCCUGACACACACAUGCACAGAAUGAUCUGAAGACAAAAGACCUGUGGAUGCACCUGUGGCAUAUAUAUUUAUAGCCCCGUGUUGCGGGCGCGCGCCCCGAUGACGUCAUCAACCAAGACUAUAUUACCACCAGGUCAAUUCUAUUGACGUGUUACACACAUUAUUCACAGUUGGUCACGAAUAAGACGUUUCCCAAUGCUGAGCAGCGUCGCAUCGACUGAAGCUUUCGAAAGGGAAAAGGCUUUUUUGAUCUGUAGAUGCAUUCAUGAGAUUCACUUGUGUGCUUUCUGAUUUAAUUUGCGCUUGAUCUAUUUAGAUGACUUGCUCAAAUCGUACAUUUGUGAUGAAGUAGAGCAGUGCAAUAUACUAUAUGGGACACUUUAUGUAAGUGUGGUUUUUGUCAUCAUUUCUGUUUUCACGUCUAAAUGCACCGCUAGGCCUGUCGCUCUCACUCAGUCUCGCUGUGUUACAUGGAUGUUUCACUUCAUCUUUCUACUUGUUGUGCACAAAGGCCAGAUCAAAGUCUGUGAAAUUCACUGUGGUGCAGCAUUCGUACACAAUAGACACUAAUAAUGCAUUAGUGUGUUUCCCUUGUCGACACAUGUUUGUAUUUGGGCUACAAGAGCUCUACAGCUCUACUGAAAUGCACUGGAAUGAGAUAAAACUCUUUUGAAUACUCAGUUUCUUUCAUUUGAAUGUAAUCUACUGCUAUUUUGUGUCAUAAAUGUACCUAGAGGAACAAAAAUCUUGUAUGUAAAUGCUUCUUGAUCUGUUAUGCUGCCUUCAGGUUACUGUAUUUGUGUUGAAAUCAUCCUAUGUUAAACGGCCAAUGGGAACCUCUGAAUUUGUAAAUUAAAGAAUCGCAGAGGAUGCUAUGUGUCCAUGUUAUUAUGACCAAAUCAUAAUUAUUACUCAUGUAGGACUUGAAGGCAGCAUUAGGGCAAAAUGUUUACUUGUUUAUAAUCUGACUUGAUUUUGUUUCCGAAUGUAAUAUGAUAUUUUUGUCCAAAACGAAUGGCCUUUUUCUGAGCACCGACUGUGCUUUCUGAGUUUUUCAAGGAUUCGACCCCAAAUGUAAGACCACAGUGUGAAAUGGAAAGAGCGAGUGAAAUUAAAAGACCAAAAAAUCUCUCUUUCCUCGUACACAGAUCAACCUGAGGAUGUUGUUUCAGCGUGGAGGAAUGGUUGAAUGUCCUUCUUCACCCAAUAAAUAAUUCUGAAAACCA